AAGCAUUCCCCCAUUAUAUAUACAUUCAGUUCUCUUCCCUUUUGCUUAUUACAACUCACUAAAUUUACUUAACUGAAAUUUAAGCCUUUUCGAUUUUUUAAGUCUCGGAGAAAGAAAAAAAAAAAAAAAAAAAAGAUGGUGGCUGCUGACAAGGUAGUGUUGCUAGAUUCUAUGUUUAGUAUGUACGGUAUGAGGGUUCGAGUCGCGUUAGCGGAAAAGGGCGUCGAGUACGAGUUUAAGGAUGAGAAUUUGCUCGACAAAAGCACGCUUUUGCUUGAGAUGAACCCGAUUCACAAGAAAAUCCCGGUUCUGAUUCACAAUGGAAAACCCGUUUGCGAAUCGAUGAUGAUCGUUGAGUACGUCGACAAUGUGUGGAAGAAUGACGACUCUCCAUUGUUGUUGCCUUGUGAUCCUUACAAGAGAUUUCAAGCUAGGUUCUGGGCUGAUUUUAUUGACAAAAAGGUAAACGAUUCUCAAAAGAAGGUAUGGACAAUGAAAGGAAAAGAGCAAGAAAAAGGCAAAGAAGAAUUCAUAGAGGCCCUCAAAUUGUUGGAAGGCGAGCUUGGAGACAAGCCUUACUUCGGUGGUGACAACUUCGGGUUUUUAGACAUAGCCUUAGUUCCUUUCUACAGUUGGUUUUACGCAUACGAAACUCUCGGUAACUUUAGCAUUGAAGAGCAUUGCCCUAAGUUGAUCGAAUGGAUCGAAAGGUGCAUGCAGAAAGAGAGUGUUUCCAAGUCACUACCCGAUCCUAAGAAGGUUUACGAGUAUAUUUUGUAUCUAAAGAAGACAUUCGGCUUUGAAUAGACGAUGCAUUUUUUGUCGAAGCAUGAGGUCUCUUGUGAUGUUACACGAGAUGAAGUUACAUUCUUCUAUUUUAUCGUAACUAUUCAUUUAAACGCAACAAUGUAGACGUGUGUUUUUGUUCGUAAACAUCGUUAUGAUGUAUUCGAUGUAUUUCGCCUCUAUUAGGGGGAUGUUAACUUAUUUAGUUUUGUAAUUUCAACUAAGAAUAGCUAAGAUUCAUCAUUUGGCUUUUGGCAUGUGUAGUAAGAUCUUUAAUUAUGAUGCUGCAAGAGAACAGGGGAUUUUUCUUUAUCUAUUUUUCUUGUUAAAAAAAAAGAAAUUUGACUUUUAUUUU